AGAGAAUGAGCCUUUCCUUUGGGCCUCAUCAUUUACAAAAGAAGCUUGAGCCCCUGACAGCAUGCAUCUCCUCUUAUUUCAGCUGCUGGUACUCCUGCCUCUAGGAAAGGCCACACGGCACCAGGAUGGCCGCCAGAAUCAGAGUUCUCUUUCCCCCGUACUCCUGCCAAGGAAUCAAAGAGAGCUCCCCACAGGCAACCAUGAGGAAGCUGAGGAGAAGCCAGAUCUGUUUGUCGCAGUGCCACACCUUGUAGGCACCAGCCCUGCAGGGGAAGGCCAGAGGCAGAGAGAGAAGAUGUUGUCCAGAUUUGGCAGGUUCUGGAAGAAGCCUGAGAGAGAAAUGCAUCCAUCCAGGGACUCAGGUAGUGAGCCCUUCCCACCUGGGACCCAGCCCCUCAUCCAGCCAAUAGAUGGAAUGAAAAUGGAGAAAUCUCCUCUUCGGGAAGAAGCCAAGAAAUUCUGGCACCACUUCAUGUUCAGAAAAAGUCCGGCUUCUCAGGGGGUCAUCUUGCCCAUCAAAAGCCAUGAAGUACACUGGGAGACCUGCAGGACAGUGCCCUUCAGCCAGACUAUAACCCACGAAGGCUGUGAAAAAGUAGUUGUUCAGAACAACCUUUGCUUUGGGAAAUGCGGGUCUGUUCAUUUUCCUGGAGCUGCGCAGCCCUCCCAUACCUUCUGCUCUCACUGUUUGCCUGCCAAGUUCACCACGAUGCACUUGCCACUGAACUGCACUGAACUUUCCUCCGUGAUCAAGGUGGUGAUGCUGGUGGAGGAGUGCCAGUGCAAGGUGAAGACGGAGCAUGAAGAUGGACACAUCCUGCAUGCUGGCUCCCAGGAUUCCUUUAUCCCAGGAGUUUCAGCUUAAAGAGCUAUCCCACUAUUACCUUUGAAAAGCAAAACCACAACAGCAAAGACGCUGAUUAUUCAGUCUGAAAAUGUUAAGUGGGUACAUAACAUUUUCAGGGAAAGGUGACUUGGAAAGUAGUUUUAAGAUAGAAUGAUAGAGGAAAUGAUAUUAGUCUAGUUAUCGGUACAUGUUUGAGACCUUGUCUCAGCUCUGCCACUAACUGGCCAUAGAAUGUUAAGUUGUAAAACUUUUCUCCAUCUAAAGAUUUUCAUCUAUAAAUGAUGGACCCGACCUAGAUGAGUGCUAAAAUCCUUUCCACUACUAAUAUUCCGUGAUGUAUUUUCUCGAAGUUUGGGUAAAAGCCCUCCAUCUAAAGAAGGAAAA